AUGCUGAGCUCCCCUUCUUUGCUGGCCGCACCGCAGGUCGGCCUGUCGAGCGAAGUGGUGACUGGGACGGCGCUGCUCACCCUCAUGGCAGCCACGCUGCUUGUUGGGGUGCUGGUCACCGCCGUGGCCAGGUUCAAGCUCGCCACUCUGGUGCAGUACGUCCCGCUCCCCGUAGUGGGUGCAUACCUGAGCUACUUCUGCCUGGCCUCUGGUGUGGGCCUGAGCACUGGCAUCCAGAUCGAGGGCUUCUCCACCUGGCUGGAGCUCCUCACGCAAGGCGCGGACGGGCUGGCCCCCACCCUGGCAAGCGCACUGGUCAUCAUCACCACCAUGAGCCGCGCCCGCAGCCCCUGGGCGCUGCCAGGCGUGCUGGUGGCGCUGCCGCUGGCGUUCCACGCCGUGCUCCUGUGGGCCGGGGUCACACUGGCGGAUGCGCAGGACGCUGGCUGGGCGCUGAAACCCGAGGGCAACGGCAGCCAGCAGUUCUGGGAGCUGUAUGGCAUGUUCAACAUCAGGGACCUUUCAUUCGACGGCAUCUACUUGCCCGCGCUGGUGAAGCAGCUGCCCAAGAUGCUGGCGCUGUUCUUAGUCAUGACGUUCGGCUCCUGCCUCGACGUUGCGGCCAUCCAGGCGGAGGUGCCCAUUCCCAUUGACUUCAACAGGGAGCUCGCCACUGUGGGCUUCUCCAACCUGGUGUGCGGCCUCACAGGCAGCGGCUACGCAGGCUCGUACAUCUUCAGCCAGACCAUCUUCUCCCUGAGGGCCGGUAUCACCAGCCACUGGCACGGCUGGGUGAUCGCGGGUGUCGAGCUUGCGGUGUUCCUGCUGCCCUUUGCUGUGGCCCCAUAUCUUCCGCUCUUCUUCUACGGAUCCUUGCUGGUCGUGUUUGGCAUCGAGAUCGCUGGCGACUGGCUGGUGCGCUCCCGCAAGAAGGUGACGCGGCCGGAGUACCUCCUCCUGCUGGCCACGUUCUUCGCCAUCAUGCAGGCGAGUGACACGCGCACUGUUUUCCCGUGA